AUGUCUACCAUUGACAACAACCCCGAAAACUACGCCCUGUUCCGGGAUUGCCUCUCUACCACUCUUCUGCAGCCCGCCCCCUCGGCCCCGGACCCGCCCAAGCGCCGUCGGCGAAGAAAGAACUCCGGCGCUCCGCCCGUCACUGCAUCCACCCCGGCUCCGAACCCGGCCAAGGACGCCGAGGAGCUCGCCGACUUUGUAGAUUACCUCGCGACUGAGAUCUUCGAGAACCUCCCAGACGAACUACAGAACUUGGACUAUCGCAUGUGGCGUGACGAUGCGGCGUUGCAGGAGCAGUACUCUCUGCCGCUCACAAAAGAGAGCCUCUCUGUGCUAAACUUGCCGCCGUCUGUUGUUGAGACACUGACGACUUACAACCUCAUCUCUGCUGAUCCCGACACUGAAUCACAUCUCCCGUCCUCCUCUGAGGUAUUCCUCCUACCCAUCAUAACCUCGUACAUCACCCCCUUGAUCGAGCCACCUCCCGCCACACGCGCCACACGCGCCGACGCUUGCGAGCUGUGUGCCCGAUCGUGGGUGCCCUUGUCCUACCAUCACCUCAUCCCCAGAUUCGUGCACGAAAAGGCCGUCAAGCGAGGAUGGCACCGUAAAGAAGAUCUGCAAAAUGUUGCGUGGCUCUGCGGUGCUUGCCAUCGCUUUGUGCAUAACUUCAAGACCCACGAGGAGCUUGCAAGGGAUUACUACACUGUUGAUUUGCUCUUGGAGGAGGAGGAAGUUCAACGCUGGGCUGCAUGGGUCGGCAAGUUGAGAUGGAAAGGGAGGUAG